CAAAAUGGAACACUUCUCUCACCCCGAAAAGAAAGACAAAACGAGAAACACAAAUCCGUAACGGACGGUGGAGAUGAGAUAUGUAUGGUCACUGGAAAAGCAAGGGCCGACGGAUUAGUCUGUUCGUGGCUAUAAAUGCGCGGGAAUCGUGCUGACGUGUCGAACUCUCGAGAGUUCUCCCGAAGCUAUUACUUCUGUUUUCUUUUCCUCCACCAGAGACGGCGGCGAUAGCACAAUCCUUUUAACUGCCAACUAGAGCUGCCACUUCCAGAUUUCCGACGUAGCGAGUAGAAGCGCCGACAUCCAACCGCCUCUCCGAUCCCACUGAUAGUCUCACAAUCCCAGAAUUUUCGGAUCUUGAAGACAGAUUAGGGCAGGAUAUAUUGUCUUAGAAGGCUGCUGGAAACAUGAGCUUUGUUUUCCGUGGUAGUAGAGGAGACAUUGAGAGUGGAUUUUCUGGGUUUAUGACCGAGCGACCUGCAGUGCGUAUUCAUGGAGCGGCUGCGGCAGGUCGGCCGGUCAGUUCAAAUUCCAUGGCUUUUCUUGCCACAACAGUUCUGCUUCUGUUCAUGAUCUUGAAUUCACAUCAGAUGUCACCAAACUUCUUGCUUUGGUUAGUUGUGGGUGUUUUCCUGAUGGCCACUAGCCUCAGAAUGUACGCAACCUGUCAGCAACUUCAAGCACAGGCACGCGCUCAUGCUGCAGCAGCUAGUGGCUUGCUAGGUCAUACUGAACUCCGAUUACAUAUGCCUCCAUCAAUUGCUUUUGCUACAAGAGGGCGAUUACAAGGACUCAGGCUUCAGCUUGCACUUCUUGACCGCGAAUUUGAUGACCUAGACUAUGAUGCCCUUAGAGCAUUAGACUCCGACAAUGUUCCUUCUGCUCAUUCAAUGAGUGAGGAAGAGAUCAAUGCCUUGCCUGUUCAUAAGUACAAGGUCCCAAGAUCGGAGAUAGGCAGUGCAUCUGGGCCAGAGUCAUCAUCCUCAUCCGUUAAAGCGGAGACAAAGCAAGAGGCUGGAAAGGUGGAAGUAAACGCAAAAGCUUCAGAUGACGAACUUACAUGCUCAAUUUGUUUGGAGCAAGUUAGCCGGGGUGAACUUGUUCGGAGCUUGCCGUGUUUGCAUCAGUUCCACACCAACUGUAUCGACCAAUGGCUCCGGCAACAAGGAACGUGCCCUGUUUGUAAAUUUCGGAUGGGGACAGGCUGGCAGGAUUCCAGAGGAAGUGAUUCGGAUGGGUCAGACAAUGUUUAACGCGACUGCUUCAAGUAACGCAUCUGUAUAGCAAUAGCAAAUUAUAUAUACCUAAGUGUACCCAUCUUCCAUUUUGUUUCUGUUGCAGCGUAUGAUCCAAAAAAAUAAACUGGUAUUUUGGUAGUCCCAAGUCUUAGCCUUUCUGCAGCAGCGCAUAGAUUGAAGAAGCUUCAUUUCUCCUGAAAUUCUGUUAGGUCUCUGCAUAUUUCCUGUUGGUGCCCAUCACCUAAUAAAAUCAGUUAAAAUGACUUUACAUGUGUGUCA